AAAAUGGGAAGGUCAACUCAACAAGUUUGGCUCACGCCGAUCAAAAAAAAAAAAACAAGUUUGGCUCACCAAUUUGUUUAUGAUUUUUCCCGAGUGUUGUAUGACUUUUAAUUCUCGAUUUUCACUUCAAAACAAAUCUCGAUCCAAACGGCGACUCUGCUCUCUUACCCUCAAGGGUUGAAGAUGAUGAAAUUCGGCUCUUCUUUGCUGAUUCCCGUUGCCAAAAGGCUCGAAGGAAAGGUAGCUGUGGUCACGGGUGGUGCCAGUGGCAUUGGCGAGAGUAGUGCUAGGCUUUUUGUGCAACAUGGUGCUAAGGUUGUGAUUGCAGAUAUUCAGGAUGACCUCGGUUACUCCCUCUGUGAGAGCAUCGGAAACAAGGAAGCGAUUUCUUACGUCCGUUGCGAUGUUAGUCGCGAUUCCGAUGUUCAAAACGUCGUCGAAACCGCUGUUGACAAGUACGGAAAACUCGACAUCAUGUUUAGCAAUGCUGGUAUUACAGGCAAUACGGAUCCAACAAUCUUAUCCACAGACCAAGAAAACAUCAAGAAAGUCUUCGAGGUCAACGUUUACGGCGCUUUCUCCUGCGCCAAACACGCCGCGAGGGUAAUGAUCCCGGCGAAGAAAGGCAGCAUUAUAUUCACAUCAAGCGUCGCCUCGGCCACUUACGGGGACGCCUCGCACGCCUACUCGGCCUCUAAGCACGCCGUGGUGGGACUUGCCAAGAACUUGUGUGUCGAACUGGGCAAGUACGGGGUAAGAGUCAAUUGCAUCUCUCCGUUCGGAACGGCCACCCCUAUGAUGAGGAAAACGAUGGGCAUGACGGAGGACAGAGAAGUCGAGGAGUUUGUUUGUAAGAUUGCGAACUUGAAAGAGGCGGUGAUGGAGGCAGAGGACACGGCACAAGCCGCGUUGUACCUGGGCAGCGACUAGUCCAAGUACGUGAGCGGGAUGAACCUUGUGAUUGAUGGGGGUUACAGUAUUACCAAUGUUGCUUUGGGAGAGGCAUUGAAGAAACGGUUCACUUGAACAAGUUACUACGUAUAUAUUGCCUUCAAAAGACGGAUCUUUUUUUCUAGUUUUUUCUUUCUUUCUUGAGUUACCUUUGGCUACGAACUUGAACUGUUGGCAGCACAAACUGAAACUUAUAAUUAUCAGGAUGUUGCAAGCAAGUCAAUUGCAUUGUUACCGCUUCGGUCAAUUUGUUUGGGAGGAUGGGAAGGCGAUGAAGACAAAGCACCUAACGCAUAUUUUCUAUUGUGAAUUGGGUAAAACAUCGGUUGUCAAAGGGGUGAUUGAGGUCGUUGUGAACUUGAUCGUGGUGAGAGACCGAUGAACAACCAGAUCGUCGACGUACUGCAGUGAGAUUGGCAUCUAAUUAAUUCGUUGUAGUGCUCGCAGAGGAAAUCUACCAAGUGCCAGUGGCGCCGCAACAAGGCUUGACGAUUGCCUCCUCCGCUCUUUCUUUUGGACAUGGAUGUGAUCAAUUUCAAAAGAAAUCUUAUAUCACUUGAAACUCUCUCUCUCUCUCUCUCUCUCUCUCUCUCUCUCUCUCUCUCUCUCUCUCUCUCUCUCUCUCUCUCUCUGUGUGUGUGUGUCAUGUAUACAUCUAUAGAUUGUGCUUUCCACCUAUAAUUUACAAUUAAAUCAUGUGAUUUUUCUAUAA